AUGAUUAAUAUAUUUAAUAAUGAUUAAUAAUGAACGCAAUUUUAAAAUUUUGUACCGUGAACUUUUGAUGUAAUUAAGUGGCUUCGAAGCAAAAUAAUACGCAAAUUGUUGCCAGCAAAAAGUCAUCAAUAGCUUAUUUCUGUUUGAAAAUGUCAAAUUGUACAAAUUGAUCCAGCCUGACCGUGCUAUGCAAUCCCAAACAAAUCCACAAGCCGGUAAAAUGCCACAAGAGUUGCGAGUUGUUCGCUGUUUUCAGUGCUUAAAAUAUCAGGUGGAUAUUGUGAAAAAGGCCAACAAAUGGGUGUGCAAGCUUUGUGGCGUCAAACAAUCACUGGCGCGAGAAUUCUUUCGCGGAUCAGGCAAAGAUUGUCGUAGUAUGGUACAGCAACUAUCGAUACGGAACCUAGAGCUUGAUCAGCAGGAGGCAGAAGUAGCUUCACUGGUUUUGCAAAAUAAAAUACAACUCCCUACACGACCUGUGGAGACGGUGCCGACAAGUACCAUUACUGAGGAGAAUGAAGGACUACAAGGGCCGAGUAAAUGGGAAACGUUUUUGACAAAGGAAACAGACGACGAUCUGUCUGAUGUUAUUGGUUCCUCAGAAUCGUUUGAAAGUGUUUCGAGUACAACAUUCGAUCGAGAGCGAAUCAACAAUCCGGAGACUAAAUUUGGGCCAAAAAGGACAAGAGGAUGGAACUAUCAUCGAAUGAACAGUGAAGAUUUAUAUGAUAGUGAGGAAAGACGGUCUUCUAGCAUAGGUAAAUAUUCUAACCCUUCGUCAAAGAAUAUGUCGUCUAUUGAGCAAAAGAAGCCCAGGUUCAACUCCAUUCGUUCAACGCACAAAGAACAGUUCGGUACAUUCCCAAACGCAAGCUGUACCGACAAACGUAGCUAUUCAGCCGGAAACGACUCAACCGCUCUGCCUAGUUUUCAUCGUAAUGAAAAUAAUAGCAGACAAACCGUUUCAAAUCACACGAAAAAGAUAUUCCCAAAAGUAAGUGUUGCUCAAAAAUCUUCAACUAUUGAUGCCCCCAGCUCUUCAGCCAGUUCCAAUCCACCAGAAAUGGUGUGUAAGAGAAGAAAAGCAGAUGUGUUUGCCACUCCUUUAAUGAAUUUUGGUAAGCGUUCUGAUGAUGGAAGUAAAGUAACACUGGCAACCGCUUCUGAAUCGCUAGAAAAUGUAAAUGAUAUGAAAUCUCCAUCAAACCCCAAACCUACCAGUGUAUCUUCCAAGUGGGCAAAAUACCUCCGAGAGGACGAUAUUACGAACGAAAAUACAAACAAUGUAUCAAUCAUGCUUUGAACAAACAAUCGAAGCAGCAACUCUGAAUCACAUUCGAAAAGCAAAUGACAUUUAUUUUGCAUUCGU